AUGGGCAACUGCAGUUCCACGGGUGUCUCCUCCGAUGCUUCCGAGCUUCAGGUGGCGGCUUCAGCGAGGCAUCCGAGCCUUGCCGGACUCCCCAUGCGAACGAACAUGAAGUUCGGCUGGCGACCAGACAUGCCAGACCACCGCGACCUCCGUGUGACCUUCGACAAGGUCGAUGCACCAAGCCACAUCACCAAGAAGUCUGAAGGAGACAAGGAGAUCAUUGACCUGCGGCCAAUGAACGGUGGCUUCCCCAUCUUCGAUCAGGGUCAUCUCGGCAGCUGCACAGCGAACGCUUUGGCAGCAGCCUUCCACUUCGCCCUCCACAAGAUGACGGUGGAGAACCACAAGGACUUCGCCGACUUCACCCCAAGCCGGCUGUUCAUCUACUACAACGAGCGCCUUGUGGAGGGCAGCGUGAACCAGGAUGCUGGGGCGAUGAUCCGGGACGGCAUCAAGACGAUGUCCAAGGUAGGUGUGUGCCCGGAGAGCAUCUGGAAGUAUGACGACCAGCAUGACUUCUUCAAGCAGCAGCCCAGUGACAAGGCCUACGAGCUGGCACAGAAAUGCAGGGUCAUGGGCUACGCCCGCGUCGCCCAGGACCUGAGCCAGUUCAAGGCAUGCCUGAAGAAUGGCUACCCCUUCGUCUUCGGCUUUGCCGUCUUGUCUAGCUUCCAGACAGCAGAGGUUGCCAGGACCGGCAAGAUGGUGAUGCCGCAGCCGACCGACCAACAGCUGGGCGGCCAUGCCGUCACUGCCGUGGGCUACGACGACUUCCAGCAGUGCUUCAUCGUCCGCAACUCUUGGGGCGAAGGGUGGGGCGACAAGGGCUACUUCUACAUGCCCUACGAGUACAUGUGCCAUCCCGCCCUUGCCUCCGACUUCUGGGCCAUCAACUGGGUUGAGGGCUUCAAGAACACUAGCAGCCUCUCCGAGGGCAAGUUGACCAUCGGAGGGGCCCCCCGGCAUCCGAAUGUUGUGUCCCUCAACAUGCGCACGAACAUGAAGUUCGGCUGGAGACCGGACAUGCCGGACCACCGCGACCAAACCGUGACCUUCAACAAGGUCGAAGCGCCCAGCCACAUCAAGAAGAAGGUCGAAGGAAUCUCGCUCUGCCAGUGUGUUGCUGUGAUGUGUUUGCAUGAUGGAGCGAAAGAGCUCAUUGACCUGCGGCCCAUGAACGGUGGCUUCCCCAUCUUCGAUCAGGACGCCUCUAUCGGGAGUAUGAAUCAGGGGCAUCUCGGCAGCUGCACGGCGAACGCUUUGGCAGCAGCCUUCCACUUCACCCUCCACAAGAUGACGGUGGAGAACCACAAGGACUUCGCCGACUUCACCCCAAGCCGGCUGUUCAUCUACUACAACGAGCGCCUUGUGGAGGGCAGCGUGAACCAGGAUGCUGGGGCGAUGAUCCGGGACGGCAUCAAGACGAUGGCCAAGGUCGGCGUUUGCCCGGAGAGCAUCUGGAAGUAUGACGACCAGCAUGACUUCUUCAAGCAGCAGCCCAGUGACAAGGCCUACGAGCUCGCACAGAAGUGCAAGGUCGUUGGCUACGCCCGUGUGGCCCAGGACUUGAGCCAGUUCAAGAUGUGCAUCAGGAACGGCUACCCUUUCGUCUUCGGUUUUGCUGUCCUGACGAGCUUCCAGACAGCGGAGGUUGCCAGGACCGGCAAGAUGGUGAUGCCGCAGCCGACCGACCAACAGCUGGGUGGCCAUGCCGUCACUGCCGUGGGCUACGACGACUUCAAGCAGUGCUUCAUCGUCCGCAACUCUUGGGGAGAAGGGUGGGGCGACAAGGGCUACUUCUACAUGCCGUACGAGUACAUUUGCCACCCCGCGCUUGCCCACGACUUCUGGGCGAUCAACUGGGUCGAGGGCUUCAAGAACACGACCACCCAGAACCCGGCCAAGAAGUGA